AUGGGAAAGAAAGGGUCAUGGUUUACAACACUCAAGAGAGCAUUCACCGUGCCGAAAAGCUACCAAGAUGGUCUCCAUGGCAAGAUUGUAGAAAAGAGAAGAUGGUUCCCAAAAUCAUCAGAUAAUGUCAACCAAACUUCGACUAAUCAUAGUUCAAAGGCUAGCCAGAACUUGGAUUCCAUUUCUGUCCAACGCCAUUUUGCAGCCACUCUCAUUCAGACUGUCUUCAGAGGCUAUCUGGCAAGAAAAGCAUCGAAGGCACUUAAAGGGAUAGUAAUGCUACAAGCUAUGAUCAGAGGUCAGAAUGUAAGGAAUCGAAAAAUCGUUGAUGUUAAAUACAUGCAUACUCUCCUUCAUGUUCAUAGUCGCUCAAGUGUUAAGCCAUCUAGGAGCGGGUCUCACAUGCCAGAUGAUCAGUGUUUUAUACCGUACACUUUUGAAGAGCUGAAUUAUAUCUUGCAAGCUAGAAAAGAAGCUAACCUAUCGCAUAACAUAAACGAGCUUCAAGAACAAGCUAAUUACUUGGUUCGGUGGAUAGAAGCAGAGCAAUGGAGGGUCCCUAGAGAAGUAGUUGAAGUUGACAGAUUUUUAUACGAGUCACGGAACCACCAGACCACACAAUGCAUCCCAAAUUCACCAAGCCGAAGAUCAAGCUACAGUCUCUCAGCUGGUCAACAAUCUGUCACACCAUCUCCAAUCAAGACUAAACCAUCACUGGUAUACUCUGAUAACUCAAGGGGCAUAAAAGGAGACAGAAAUGACAUUGCAACACCCAACUACAUGGCUACCACGGAAUCUGCUAAAGCAAAAACCAGAUCACUAACCUCACCAAGGCAAACGUCUCGAACACCACGAAUGGAACGAGUCAGCUUUGCAAAGAAACGACUAUCAUACUCUGUUCCAGACCCCUCUCACAAUUGCAAGGCUUAUUUUCAUGGCUACAAUAACUAACGAGUUGACUUUGUAGUCAGUAGUCACGUUAUGUAUUAACAGUACUCCAUAACAGUCAUUUAGUAUUACAUAGUAAGAAAGCAAGUGAAAUCACUUUCCUUUACUGUCAAACAAGCAAUGUAGAUGACCAAGUGAAAAAGAAGAAAAAGAUUAAAGCGAGU